ACGGGAACCGACCCGAGGAGAAGAACGGAUUAGUUGCACCAUGCAGGAGCUCCGAGUGGGAGGAGGCUUCCCUCUCCGAGGUCGAGUGGACAAUUAGCAGGAUUCACCCUGCAACACUGUUCUGUACUGACACAGGAGAACAGCACCCAGACCCUGGACUCAACAUGGGACACGAAAGCAUGACCAAAAUCAAGGAGAAGUUCUCCCUGAAGCACGCCAUCAUCAAGGAGUUCCUGGCCGAGUUUCUGGGGAUCUUCGUCUUAAUUCUGUUUGGCUGCGGGGCAGUGGCCCAGGCUGUCCUCAGCAAGGGGGCCCUGGGGGGGCCCCUGACCAUCCACAUCGGCUUCACCCUGGGGGUCAUGAUGGCGGUGUUCGUGGCCGGGGGGGUGUCUGGCGCCCACGUGAACCCGGCCGUCUCUCUGGCCAUGGUCCUCCUGGGGAAGCUGCCGCUCAGGAAGUUCCCGGUGUACGUCCUGGCCCAGUUCCUGGGGGCCUUCGUGGGCUCCUGCGCCGUGUACGCCCUGUACUACGAUGCCCUGAUGGCGUUCACCAACGGUGACCUGAUGGUUACCGGGGACAACGCCACCGCCAACAUCUUUGCUUCGUACCCAGCGAAGCAUCUCUCCACUCUCAACGGCUUCGUGGAUCAGGUGAUCGCGACGGCCGCCCUGAUCCUGUGCAUCCUGGCGAUCACCGACGCCAAGAACCUGGGCGCGCCGCGGGGGAUGGAGCCGCUCUGCAUCGGCCUGGUCGUCAUGGCGAUCGCCGUCUCCAUGGGCUUCAACUGCGGCUACCCCAUCAACCCCGCCCGCGACCUGGGACCACGCCUCUUCACCGCCGUGGCCGGCUGGGGGCUGGACGUGUUCAGGGCUGGGGGGUGCUGGUGGUGGGUCCCGGUGGCGGGCCCCAUGGUGGGGGGCGUGGUCGGGGCCUCGGUCUACUUCCUGCUGGUGGAGCUGCACCACUCGGAGCCGGACGCCCCCGAGGAGACCGGCACCAAGGACAAGUACGAGAUGAUCACCGUGAGCUAGACCCCCGCGGGGAGCUCCCCCCCUCCCCCCUCACCCCCUCCCCCCUCACCCCCUCCACGGAGGGCACACCGUCCGGGGGUCUUCUGCCCGUUGCUCCCUCGGUGGUACGGUGACGUUAGCCGGCAGCUGGUGUUCCUCCCGGAGGACGCUCCGUCUAAUCAUCGGAGCACAUCGAUCAGGACUAGAUACAAACGCAUCGAGCCUUUAUAUUAAAAAGAUAUUUAAUCAAUACCCUCUUGACCUUUUCUAUCUCUUUCUGAACGAAUCAGAGUUUCUUACUUUCCGUGCGGGGGGUGAGAUGCACGAUAAACGAACUCGGACGUCUCAGUAUUCUGUGUUUAACUGCCUGAUUAUCUUUACCUUGGAGCAUUGCCAAGUUGCUUCAUCGUGGGAUGAAUAUAUAUAUUAUUGUAUAUCUAUAUUCAGUAUAUAAAUCGUACACACGGGUCAAAAUGCCAAGUAUGUGAAAUAACUAUUAUACAUGUUUGAUAACCAGUAUAUUUUGGAUGUUGUAAUAUAUUGCUUGUCUAGUAAAGGGUGCCCCCAUGCAGAUAAGCAGUUUAGUUGUUUUUCUAUAUUUAAGAUCCAUCAAAGUGGACGCAUUGUAGUGUUUAUGAUUUACGCUUUUGUCUUUGUAUUGGUGUCAAAGUAUUAGACACAAAAGAUUUCCUGCAUUUGAUCAGUAUUAUAUAAGCACAGUCAAGACAAUCUACUGUAUUAUGUUUUUGUAUUUGUUUGCAUUGUGGAUGUAUUUUUAAAUAUGGACAGUUAAAAUAACACUUUUAAAUUGACUGUUACAAUACAUGGGUGGAUCGAUGGGAUCCACACAUGUUUAAAGAUACACUACAAACUGAUUUACUAUUCUCACUCACUGUAAGUAUGUUUUAAGAGCUUUUAUUUUUGUGUUAUUAGGAAGAAGAAGCCUAGCUUUCGUUCAUCUUACAGUAGUUGAAAUCCGUUCUGAGUUGACUGCACCUGCCUCUGUACGAGCAGACAUGGACUGAGACAGCUCCAGGCUCAUUCAGACCAGCCUUUGGGUUAGGGACUCCGUCUUACCUCCACAACAGGUGAGGCGGUGGAACACUUCUCCAUGGCCAAGGACCUUUGGAAAGCGCCGUUUUGUUGGGUUGUUUCCAAGCCUUGCCUUCUGCUGCUCUUUGCUGAUCUCUCCCUGAGUCUCACAACGUACCUAAAGAAGCUUUAAAUUCAUAGCGUACGUUAGCAUUUACCCUCACCACCCCUUUGUCUGUGAAUGUAAUCAUGUCCACAUUGAGAAGAUAUAACCAGAAAUAAAUGUUUAUAAAACUA